AUGAACGAUUUUCUUCGUCUUACAUUCAUUCUCCCGCAGAGGUUGUCACGUAUUCUUGAUUUCACAAAUGUUUUCUUCAUCAUUGACCACUUUGAUGACAUAGAUUUAGACGUAAAACCAGUUUCUCCAUUUUCAACACAAAAUGAAUCAAAAAUCAACGUCAAACAGAGGUCAGUGAAGAAGGAGACAAAAAUGUAUCACAUGAUUGAUUACGUUGAUACAUUACUUAUGAAUGAUUUCAUUGUUUCAUGUCGAAAUGAAGAAAACUUCAUGAGUUUGUUUGACACAUUUAAUCUGAGAAUCCAAACAGAGUUUGUUAGUGUUGUUGGACUUGUUGAACACAGUAGUUCUCUUAAAGAAGUUAAAUUGGAGAUGAAGGACGGCUCCACAAUUGUUCUAUUGUCUGAGUACUUGAGUGGCUGCAGUGCUUUCAUUUCUAAGUGGGAAGAAAUUUCUGAGAAAAAUAUAUAA